AUUGAAAGAGGCUAUUCUUUGCCUCAAUUGCUACCUAGUUUUAAUCACUGAAUGGAUGCUGCCUCAGUCAAACUGAGACUUAUUAAAGAUCUUAGCUUAAAAAGGCCAAGUUCUCCCCCUGCCUCUAGGGCCAUCUGUAGCCCUAUGUCUGGGCAUUGGACCCAGAUGGCUCCGGAGGGGAAAGUGAGGCAGGUGACCUCUCACAGCUUCCCUCACUUAAAUCCAAUUCACUUGCAUGUCACGGCAUCACCUCCCCAAUGCCAUGGUCCACUUUGAGAACAAAGGACAGAAAACAACAACAGACAUUGCUUACUUAACAGCUACUUGAAAUAGACUGUAUUCAAGAGAGCUUAAGAAUCACCUCUUAGGUUCCUCUUGGGAUUCUCAUGCCCCAAAUGGGACUCCACCAGUCCCUAGAUUUCACACCAUUGCCCCUGCCCAUAAAAUUGCCCGUAAAGAAAGCAGCUGUCAUUACAGCAAAUGAUUACAGCCAGAGAUGGUGAUUACAAGCUUGUAAAUGCUUCCCAUUCUCAUUAGCAGAGCCCUGUUCCCAAAUCUGCUUCAGUGAAAGAAACGGAGGGACAUCUCCAGUAGCCAUGCUCUUCCCCCCCAACGUUCCUCCUUAUGACCUCCCCCCUCCCAACCCCAUCUUCCCUCACUCCUUCACUAGCAGGAUGCCUGCAGAAGUGAACUCUUUCCAUAUUAGGUUGUGGUUUUAAGGAGAUGUUUCUUUUGGGUCUGGAACUUCUUUCAAAGGUCCCAUCCUGGCCUCCUCCAGGCAUUGUUCUCGGGCCUCUUAUUAAACGUCUCACCAAGGAACAGAGACUCCCAACUGGAUUGGAUUUCUUCAUUUAUACUGGGGGCAGGGAAACAAAUAUCAAAUGGUAUGAACUGCUGAUGAGAAUCAAAUGUCAAAGGCAAAGGAAGAGGGUGUGGGAACUCACUCACUCUAAUUGAAGUGGGAUUGUGCAGGAUGGAGCCGAAUUCUGUAGAAACGAAAUAGGAAUGGGGAGAAAUCUGUUCAUGCUGCUGUGGUUAUUUUUUUAAGUUGGGGAAAGAUGUGUUGAAAUGCCGAAUUAUAGGCUGUUCUGGAAUAUCUUACUAACUCAAGAAAACAUCCAGCCCCCAAAGAUGAAACUUAUUUAGGUCUGUUUGACACAGCUACCAAUGGAGAAAUUGGGGCAUUUUACAGGAUGUCAGAACUGUUGGACAAUGAGCCUUGAUGAGCUGAUGUUCCCUAGCUCUGGGACGGACAAGUGGCCAUUCUUAGUUGGCCCUCUGCAAACCUUAGAGAUUUAAAUAAAUGGCAUCUCUUAUUAUUAUAUAAAUCUUGUUAUCAUAAUUAGUCUAACUUGGACCUAAAACUGUGAGGCAGACUAUGCAGAAAUUGUGAUCCCAGUCUUACAGAUGAGAAAACUAAGGUUCAAGACCAUCUCUUUUUAGCCUCACAACAACUCUGAGAAAUAGGUGCAGUUAUUAAGCUCAUUUAACGGAGAAGGAAACUAAGGCAGACAGAGAUGAAGUCACUUGCUAAUCUGAGGCCAUAUUUUCACUGGUCUCUCUUAUUUCAAGUACAGUGCUCUAUCUACUCCAACAUUUAGCAACCUUAUAGAGCCUUUAAGAUUUGCAUUACUUUCUACCAUUAAGUUUGAUGAAAGUGCCCAUUAUAUACUGGGUGGACCCUGUGCUAAAAAUAGAGCAUACAAAACAGAGUUGAAAACAGCUUAUAGAUGACAAUGAUGGUGAUGAGAUGAUGAAGAUAGAUGAUAGUGUAUAUGUAUAUAUAUAUAGAAUAAUGAUAGGUAGAUAAUAGGUAGAUUGAUAGACUGGAAAGUAGAGAGAUAGACAAAUGGAUAGAUGAAUAAUUGGGAGUGGGAGGAAAGAGAGAGAAAAAGAUAGAGAGAUAAAGAGAUAUAGAGAAAGACAGAGAGAAUAGGUAAAUUGAUAGCUAGCUAGAUGGAUAGAUGAUUGGUGGGGGGGAGAGAAAAAGAAAGAGAGAAGAAGGAUAUAGAGAUAGAUAGUCAGACAGAUGGAUGGGUGGAUAGAUAGAUGAUAAAUAAUAGGUAGGUUGAAUAGAUUGGUAGAUAGAUGAAUGGCUAGAUCAAUGAUAGGUGUGUAUGUGUGUAUAUAUAUGUGUGUGUGUGUAUAUGUAUAUCAUUAUUUAUUGAGAGAGGAAAAUGAUAGGUAAAUAGAUUAUAAAUAAUAGGUAUAUUGAUACCUAUUAUUAUUAUUAUUAAUACCUAUUUCUACCUUAUAUGUAGAAAGAGAGAUGAUCAGUGGAUGGAUGGAUAAAUCGAUGGAUAAUGGUUAUGUGUAUAUAUAGAGAGAGAGGGAGAGAUACAGAGAGAGACAGAGAAAGACAAAGAGAGAGAGAGAUGACUGAUACUUAGGUGGAUGUAUAGAUGGAAUCGAUGGAUGAACAGAUAGACGAUAGACAGAAAGAAGGUACAUGCGAGUAGAUACAAGGUAACCUUAGAGGGGAAGACUUCCUGCAGAAGGGAGCAUGUGCAGAAUCUGGAAGAAAGCCAGGGUAUCUUCAAGGCAGUGGGGAGGAGGGAACACAUCCCAGGGGGGAUGACAACCAAUACAGAGUCAGGGGUGGGGAACGGAGUAUUAUAUGCGAGGAACAGGCUGGCUGGGUCAUAGUGUGUUUGGAGGGGAGUGAUGGGUAAAAUUUCAGUCAGUUAAUGAAUGAGCAUUUAUUAAGCACCUGCUACAUAUUAACCACCAUGCUAGCAAUCACUGUUGAUAGUGUAUAUGUGUGUAUAAAGGAUAAUGAUAGAUAGAUAAUAGGUAGGCUGUUAGACUGGUAAGUAGAGAGAUAGACAAAUGCAUAGAUGAAUGAUUGGGAGUGGGAGGAAAGAGAGACAAAGAGAGAGGGAGAAAGAACAGGGAGCCGUGCAGGGCUCCCCCGCAUAUGUGCAGAAUAACCCAAAGUCCGUGAGAAGGGGCAGAGGACCUCUGCAUGGGAGGAAUCAGCAAGGACCGCAUUUAGAAAGGUCAUUGACCUCGUAGGUUGGUAGAAAUCCAUCCUCUUCUGAUCCUCGCCCUGAAGGCACAGGGAGAGCUUUGUACCCAAGCAGAGGAUGGGGAAAGAAGCAGGAAAAUCCCUUUGCCGCAUGGAUGUUGUGGGGAAUCAGCGGCUGCCCAAGGACACUAUGAGUCCCCGGCCCCUAGCUUGGCAGCUGUGGCGGUCUUAGUGCAGUGCAUGGUUUGUCUGCUUGGUUUGUUUAUUCCUGUGUUUGUUUUCCUCUGUGCAUGUAAGAGUACAAGGUCUUUCUUGGUGAUCUGAGGCCCCACUAGAGACAUGUGUCCAGCCUCCGUGCCCCAGUGAGUGUUCUGCUUGCCAUUGGGACCCCUGGGAUUUGUCAGGAAAUGCCAGAAGAGUUCUGGGAAGGUGGAACUCGGCCCUGGGAAGAGCUGGGGAGCAGACCGCUCUUUGUUCUUUUUGCCGUUGACUUUUCUGCCAUUUUUUGGAUAGCGAGUUUCAGCCAGCCUGUAGACUGAUGGGAAAAGACACCCUAACACUCCCCCCAUGCAUGUCAACCAGAUCAGCACAUGACGCUUUCUGAUAAAUGCCAAUUUUUUCUUUAAAUCAAACUCAACUUUGAGCUCAUGUCAAAAAAAAAAAAAAAAAAAAAAAAGGGAUGUGGGCCAUCUGGGUGGCUCAGUGGACAGAGCAUCAGCCCUGAAGUCAGGAGGACCUGAGUUCAAAUCUGGCCUUAGACACUUAACACUUCCUAGCUGCCUGGGCAGGUCACUUAACCCCACUUGCCUCAGGGGAAAAAAUGUGCCAUUAAAAGGGCCAUUUCCCUGGCAUGGCACAGCUGAGAGAGAGCCAGAGCUGGAGUUAAAGGACCUGGGUUCAAAUCCCACUUUGCUGCAUUCUGCCUAUGUGACUCUGGGCAGGUUAUAUAAUGCCCUGGGCCUCAGUUUCCUCCUCUGUAAAAGGAAGGGGGAGGCUGAGAACCCUUCCAGCUCCAAUGACACUCCAUCAGCUAGUCCCCACGCCUGUUUCUCUCCCUCAUGUCCUUUCUAGAAUGUUCAAAACAAAACAUAAUUAAGCAAAACCAAAGGUUUUCUCCUAAGCUCUGGCCUCGGCCCCCGUUGGCGGCAGCUCGGCCCCCAUUAGCGGCAGCUCGGCCCCCGUUGCGGCAGCUCCCGUUAGCGCCGUCCGCCUCGGGGUCCCUGGUUCCCGGGCACGGCCCGCCGGGGCGGCUGCUCGGGAGGACGGCGGCAUCCGGCCUCGCUCAGUGUGUACACGUCAGCGUGUCACCCUUGGGCAGCAGAGUGUCCCUCAGGUCAGGCUCCGAUAAGAUCCGAGUCAUGCAAGGCCGAGUCUGGGUUGUUUUAUGUACUGAGGAUCUGAAAAUUGUUCCCGGCCAGCCCCGACCCACGAGACCUCAAAUGGUCACUGAAGGAAGGCAAUAAAUCGGUCUCCGCUCGCCCUCGGGGCCCACUGUUGGAGCCGUGGGCCUGGCGUAGGGCCGGCACCCAGACGGAGGCUUCCGUGGGUCCCGCAGAGGCCCAGCCCCGAGGUGCGGCCCCAGGGCCCCAGCUCUGCCCUCCCCUCCUGUGGACGGGGCCCCAGAAAAGCAUCUUUUUCCCCAGCCCGCGGCCCGUCUAGGUCCUGACAAUGCCAACAGCAUGUCAACUUGUGUUUGUCAACCCUCCAGAAAAUGGCCUUCCAGCAUGGGACAAGCGGAAGCCUCCGCCGCCGCCUCCUGACCAGGAGUACACCUGGGGCCUCGUAGCCAUGUCCGAGGACUGCCUGCACAGGAAGGGCCACUCGGAGAGCGGCGCCGGGCUGCUGAAGAGCGAGCCGCCCCCGCCGGCGUCCCGGCUCCAGACCGCGGCCGCUUGGGCCGGCUCCGUGUUCCACCUGGACCCGGGAGAGGCCCACGAGCAGGGAGUGGCGAGCACCCAGGCCGACCCGGCCGAGGAGAAGAAGUGCAAAGGGUACAUACCCAGUUACUUAGACAAGGACGAGCUUUGUGUAGUUUGUGGUGACAAAGCCACUGGGUAUCACUACCGAUGCAUCACUUGUGAAGGCUGCAAGGGUUUCUUUAGGAGAACCAUUCAGAAAAAUCUCCACCCAUCCUACUCCUGUAAAUAUGAAGGAAAGUGUGUAAUAGACAAAGUCACUCGGAACCAGUGCCAGGAAUGUCGUUUCAAGAAAUGCAUCUAUGUUGGCAUGGCGACCGAUUUGGUAUUGGAUGACAGCAAACGAUUGGCAAAAAGGAAGCUGAUAGAAGAAAAUCGUGAGAAGAGGCGCCGGGAGGAGCUGCAGAAAACCAUCGGGCACAAGCCGGAGCCGACGGACGAGGAAUGGGAGCUCAUCAGAACGGUCACAGAAGCCCACGUGGCCACCAACGCGCAAGGCAGCCACUGGAAGCAGAAGAGGAAAUUUCUGCCUGAAGACAUUGGACAGGCACCAAUAGUCAAUGCCCCAGAAGGUGGAAAAGUGGACUUAGAAGCCUUCAGCCAGUUUACAAAAAUCAUCACACCAGCAAUUACGAGAGUGGUGGAUUUUGCCAAAAAGUUGCCUAUGUUUUGCGAGCUGCCAUGCGAAGAUCAGAUCAUCCUGCUGAAAGGCUGCUGUAUGGAGAUCAUGUCCCUCCGAGCAGCGGUACGCUAUGACCCCGAGAGUGAGACUCUAACCUUAAAUGGGGAGAUGGCUGUGACGAGGGGCCAGCUGAAAAACGGAGGCCUUGGAGUGGUGUCUGAUGCCAUCUUUGAUCUGGGUAUGUCAUUGUCUUCUUUCAACCUGGAUGACACUGAAGUAGCCCUCCUUCAAGCAGUCCUGCUCAUGUCUUCAGAUCGCCCGGGACUCGCCAGCGUGGAGAGGAUAGAGAAAUGUCAGGAGGGUUUCCUGCUGGCCUUUGAACAUUAUAUUAAUUACCGCAAACACCACGUUGCACACUUUUGGCCAAAGCUGCUGAUGAAGGUGACAGACCUACGGAUGAUUGGCGCCUGCCAUGCCAGCCGCUUCCUACACAUGAAGGUGGAGUGCCCCACAGAACUCUUUCCCCCUCUGUUCUUGGAAGUGUUCGAGGAUUAAGAAGGACUGGCUUGGUUCUCACAAUUCUGACAGUGCUACUUAUGGGGUGUCAUUCCAUUCCAUUGCCUAGCUCAUUUGUGUUUUCUCUGUAUCUCGGGGGGAGGGAUUUCUUUGUUGUCGUUGGGAGGGGAAGGUCGUUUGUGAAAUGUCCCUUGAAUGUGGGUGCUCGUGACUAUCACAGUCCGUCCUCCGGUCCUUGAGCGAGAAUGCUUUGAAAAUGGUGCGGUAGCGAGGUGGGAAGAAAGCUCAGGAGUUCACCAGCACUAAGUGAUCACCAGCGUCCAUCCUUCCCCAGUCGAUGGUGAUACGAAGCAAAGCUGCAAAAACAAAAACAAAAAAUGAGUGAUGCUUUUUGUCGUCUUGACUUGGUGAAGGACUUUACCAAUUAGGUUCCAUUUUGUAGGGUACAAAGAAAUCUUACAAUGAAUGUAGCUUCCAUGUUUGUGUCCCCUCCCCCCCUCAGCUGAUCUCUCCAUCUCAAAUCCUCUCUUGCUCAUUUUCUUAAGACGUCCAUCCUUUUUCUGCCCAAAUAGGAACAUAAGAGUUAGGACCUGGAAUGGCCUUUAAGAGGCUUUUAGUCCAAAACUUUCCAUUGUACAGAUGGAACACCUGAGUCCCAGAGUGGUUAAGUGAUUCGUCCAGAGACACAUGCCCAUUAGGUGAGAGAGCUGGGAUUUAAAGCCUCUGACUCAAAAUCCAGAAUUUUUUUCACUGAGCUUUAUCUUUGUGACCAUAGGGAUAUCUGUUCUCUGACAAGACAAAUAUAUCUUUCGAUCUAGUAUUUCUUUGAUACUUGCAAAUGAAUUCACACCCAAUGCAGAAAGUAGAUUAAAGAUGUAGAUGGGUUUGUUGAACUAAUAGAGGAAGGAAAGGGUUGGGUGAUCACAAGAAAUCCACACCAAGGCCAAGGUCUCCACAAUACACAGAAUAGAUCUGUUUAUAAGAGGCAAAUAUGGUGUGUUUAGAGAAUGAAACUUGAACAAGAACUCAAGAGAUUUACCAAACAUGGUCCCUUUUUAAUGGCGAUGGUUCUUCCACAUUGUCACUGAAGUUGUGUGCCUUGAUUGCCUAAGGGAGAGAUGAUCUUGGCUGAGCUGACAACAGGUUUUACUGCAGGUUUAAUGUGCAGAUCAAAUCUUCUGAUCAAAGACAUAAAUCUGAGCCUGGUUGAGGAAGUGUACCAAGGAAAGAGAUGGACUAGUUAUGUUCAAAAUAGAAAAAAAAAAUGAGACAUCCAAUGGUCGCAUUGUAAACUGGUACUUCAGAGAAAGUCUCUCAAUGGUCUGAGAAGAGCAUUUAAAAAAUCACAUACAUUAAAAAAAUGCAUAAAAUCAGAGGAUCAUAGAUAUAGAACUGGAAGAAAACUCAGAGGUUACCUUUCAUUUUACAGAUCAAAAAAUUAAGGCCCAGAGAAAUUGAAUGACAGCUAAAUUCACACUAGUAAAAAAUGCUGGAGGUAAGAUUUGAACCUGGGCCCUCUUGCCUUUACAGCCAGUAUAUCAUACUCAUUCCCCAUUCCUCGCCCUUCUUUUUCCAGACUUGAAACUAUUGCAAGAACAUUAACAUAAAGUUGUUUUUCCUUUUUGUUUUGUUUUGCUUUGCUUUUAAAGUGAACUUAUAACAUUGACUGUUUGUUUAUCAUACAGGAAGUAAGCAGGAGUUGAAUCCAGCUCCUCUGACUCCAGAUCCACAUCCUCUCAGAGACACUAAUAAAUGUCCCCUGAGUCCAUGUAUAGAGACUAACAAUUAUGGUUUUCAUCUAUUUCCAUCUUUUUUUCUUGUACUAUUGCUCCAGAUGAAUAUUCAGAAUGAAGUACCCAUAGGCUGGCAGCCAGCUGAUGCAGUGGAUAGAACACCUGGCAAUUGAGUCAGGAAAAUCUAAGUUCAAAUCUAGUUAUUAGCUAUGUGAGCAAAUCACUUAACCCAAUGUGCCUCAGUUUCCUCAUCUGGAAAAUGAGCUGGAGAAGGAAAUGGCCAGUAACUUCAGUUUUUCUUUGCCAAGAAGAUCCCAAACGAGAUCACAAAAAGUCAAUACCUCCAGGCCAUUUAGCUUUGCUCCCAAAUCAUUAGGAGAAAUGGUAGAUUUUAGAAAAUGUUACAUGUGGAAAAUCAGAUACAGAAUUGCCUCUUUUUUUCUGGAAGAAGACAGUUUUACUGGGUGGUCCUUCCAGUUCUAAAUCCUAUGAUGCCUUGAUUUUAUGAUCCUAUUCAACCAUCAGCAAGCUUUUAUUAAGUGCCGACUGUGUCAGGCACUGAGAACACCAAAACAAAAAAUCAAAUACUCCUUCCCUCAAGAAGCUUAUGCUCUAAUCUUGUGAACUUCAGCAAAUCAAGCAAAGAAGCAUUCUUUGAUUUGGAAUUUAUCUAAACGAUGCAAUAGAUAAACCACAGGUAGACAUCUUUUUUAUCGACUAAACCUGUAAAAUUUGGAAACUGCAAGACAAAGCAAACAACAAGAGACUCCCAAACACAUUCACAAUCACAUUCAGAUUGCAGCAUGGGAUUGGAAAAGAUGCUCCAAUUGGACUUUAGGAGCUUGGGCAUUUAGGCUCCACCUCUCGGACCCUAUUUCCUCAUCUAUAAAAUGACAUUGUCCUAUUAGAUGGUCUGCAAAUGUCCCUUCCAGCUCUCAAAUUCUAUGAAAAUUCGGAAAUUUCAGAAUAUUAAGAAAAAUUCAAAAAUUCAGAAAAGCUUUUCUUCUUACAAGCCCCUUCCAUUAGAUUAGCACUAAGUUUCUAGGCAGAGAAUUCUGAACAAAAAAUAUGUGAAUUAAUUAUAAAUGAAAUAGGUAGAAGGGAGCGAGAUAUCCUUUUUUGAGAGUGGGGAAUAAAGGGUACCAAAGAGCAUAAGUCAUGGAAGGUUUAGAAAGGGUAAAUAAUUCAAAUUGUGUCAACCAGCCAAUGAGUUAUGAGGGCAUGCCUUUUUCAAGAGUGGAAACUGACAGCUGCCUGGUGAAAAUUCACUAAUCAUGCAAAGAAAUCAAGUCUUUGGGAAGUUUGAAGCUUUUAAAGCUGAAUCAGGAACUGAAUUGUUUGAAGCUAUUAUAGCGGCUCUAAGACUUUGGGGACAAUCUGUACAGUCCCUGCUCCGUUAUCUCCCCCAGGUUGUUGAAACUGAUCUCUCCAUCCAAAUUUCCCCGAGUCAGCAUCCUUGAUUAUUUGCUCAGUCGACAUCUCCACUCCCUCUUUGCAACAGAAGCAUCUGGCCAUCUGCUCUAGCUUCUGGAAAAGAUCGAAAGCUUGUACCAAUCCCAGAGAGAGCAAGCUAUUCAAGGCAUAGAAUGAAUUAUGGGAGAGGGGCAGGAUAGGGAAAUGGGACAGGUUCCCAGCUCUUCUUGAAUCAAUUAUUCCCAAUAUAGCAUUAUUAUUUUCCAAGCAAAUUCUAAGCAAAAAAUCAAACACAUUUCCAUUUGUUAUGUGACACUGGUGAGAUAUUUAACUUCUCUAGACCUCAGUUUCUUUGUCUGUAAAAUGGGGAGGGGGGGAGGGUGAACUCCGUAAUCUCUAAAAUUUCUUCUAGCCCUAACAUUAAUGAUCCUUUGUGUAAUGGAAAAGAAAAAGUCAUGUCUAAAACUAAACAGAAAAUCCCUGUGGAUUAUCCCUGCCUCGAGCCCCAGUUGGUCAUAUGCAAAGCACGCUUAGGCUGCAGCAAGACAGCACAAAGGGAAGAGAUUAUUUGAUAUUUGUCCUGAUAUUCUGAUUGGUAUAAGCAGCCAGACUGACUUAGACCUGAAAUCUUAAAUCUAAAUUAGUCUGGUUGGCUUUCUACCCUGAUGGAAUCAUUUGGAAAUGGGGGAGCUUUGAAAGUUAUGUUCCCGAUGCCUCAGUUUCAGUCUUUGUGUAUCACACUCGAUCCAUCUCUGAACUCCAUCCCAUGAAAGCUAAUUGUGAGGGGUCGUCUUGGAUUUCUCCGCCUUAUGCCAGGGCUUUGGGUUCCAGUAUAUCUCUAGAUGAACAGGCUCCUCCUCUUGCGUUGGAGGGUGACAUUCUAACGAAUCUGAAGAUUUCUGUGGGACCAGAUUUCUCACUUAUAAACCCCUUAACUAUGGGGGAUGUUUGGUGUACGUGAUCUCUAUUUCCACUCAUCAGCUUCGCAAUAUUUCCAAACCCACUGCAAAUGGCGAUCUCCCCAUUUCCUUUAUGGUUCUACCAAAAACACCGUGUGCCGCAGCCGAGCUUUUUGUGGUCAAGUGAGCUUUGCUCCUUAGCAACACGCUUCAAAUUUUAACUCCCCAGCCCUUGGAUGUGCAGACAUCUGGGCCUGGAGCAAUGCCUAUGCAGUUUUCCAUGUGCUAAUUAUAUGGUAGGUAACUGCCAAGCUCUAGGAUUUUUAGAAACCCAACUCCGCUCCAACCAUGCUAACCGUGAGCUUUUCUUGUGACUUGGGUGUAUAAGCAUCAACAACUUCCCCAUCCCCUCCUCCCUAUCCCACCCCCAAAUCCUGCCUUUUUGGAGCUACUGGUCACUCUCAAAACUGUGUCAUUGUUAGUGAUGUAUUUUUAUUCUAUGGAACGCUAAUCUGUUUGUGUCAUCCUGACCUUAAGUUGCAUGAAUCAUAAAUCUGAAAAUCAAUCUUAUGGUUUUGAAAUGUAGCCAGCAUUUGUAAGGCUAAACCUUUUUCAUUAACAGAAUUUCAAUGAGCACCCAAGGAAUAUUUACCCUUCAAAAGGAGAGCAAAGGCAAACAUUUGAAAUUAUGUCACCCUUUUCAAUGACCAAGUCCAACCGGUCCUCAGAUAAGCUCUUAAUUUUUCCUGUUAUUUGAAUAAUAUGGAAAUAUUAAUGUAGUUUUUCUUUUGAUAGCAAGAUAAUAUGAUUGGUAUUUAAAUUUUAUAGAAAAUGAAUUUUAUCAUACUGUGAUGUAGAUAUUUAUUUUCCAGGUAAGAAGCCACCCAGUAUGUAUUUUUUACAAUGGAAAAUUUUGCUUUUAAUCUUAAAAAAAAUAAAAAAAAUUAAAACAUAAAAAAUACACACAUACAUGAAACAAACUUAAAAAAAAAAAAAGGUUUGGCCUUAUCACAGAAUUUUUCCUGUGCUAUAUCAAUGUUUGAAGAUGCAAAAAGUAUGAAUUUUCUCUUGUGUCUCCACAUUGACAAUGUAUGUCGCCUUCAGAAGCAUUAUUGUGCAGGUAAAAAAAAUAUGCUGUUUGUGUCUCGCCAUCACACAGUUUACCUACUUUAAAAAAAAAAAAGCAAACCCUUCUUAUGCACAAGACAAUCAAAGAUACAUCUGUAUCCCGCCAGGACACGGAUAGAACUCUUGUAAUUACUGAGCACAAUGUAAGACAGAAAGAAAAAAAGGCACUCGAAUUACACAGUAAUGUUGGUCUAGAAAAUAUCAGGACAUGAAUAAGCUGACCUCUGCUAUCUUCUUCGUCUUUGGAUUCCUCCUUCUGAACUUGGCAUUUUUUAUAACCAAAUUAGCCCUUCGGGAAAGUGCUUUCCUUAAAGGAAACUACUCUCCUUGGUUCCCUUUUCAUGCCCUGAAAGCAAGAGAAAUCACCGUGAUCGAGUGCAACCUUUUCAGUCUUUGGACGAUGUAUUUUUUUUUUUUUUGCAAACAGUGUUAAGUGAUAUUGCUAGAUUGGUAAUAUUUUUUCAGCCUAAAAGUAUAUUAAAGAAAAAAAUCUGUGAUUGAAAUGUUUUAAACUAUCCAAAAGAGAAAAUUUGUAUAUUUGGGGAAAAAAUGAAUUUUUACAUAGCUUUUGUAUGCAGAUAUUAAAAUGUAAUUAUGAAUAUAGUGGGCAUAGAUAAACUUGUAAGCUUAAAUUCUAAAAAAAAGAAAGAAAAGAAAAGAAAGAAAGAAAAAGCUUAUAACUGAUAACCUUUCCUGUCUCUUUCUUUAUAGGUCAUUUUUAUUAAAUAAUCAGAAGGUUAUUUCAAAUGGUAAAAUUUUAAUUAAGUAGAAUAACAAUCCAAGGGACAACUCUGUGCCAGAGUCCUCAGAUGAACCAGGGGAGGUACGAUUAUCCUUAGCACAUCAUGGAGAUUAGGAACAGGCACCCCCAAGAUCUGAGAAAUCCAUGUAAUGUUUUUGGCCCUCCCUUUGUACCAGAGAAAGUCUAAAUUUAUAUGGUAUUAUAAAAUACUAUACAUGCAUUUUAGGCAUUUCUAAACUUCUGCUGGUCUUUGAGGGUCAAAAACUCUUCAAAAAUUCCCAUUUAACUUCUUAGAACAAGCCAUGAUAUGUUGAAACUGGGAUGAGGAAGGGAUAAAUAUAAAUAGAGCAGACAAGAAUGGAUAUACUGGGAGACAGACAAAGAGACAGAGACAGAGACAGAGAAUCAGAGAGAGAGGAGGGAGGUAAACAUUAAAUAUUUAAUGCUUUCUGAAAAUACCUGACACUUUUAAAUUUAAUUUGCCUUAUUAAUAUUUACUCUGUUGCUUUCUUAAGCCUAAACAAUCAAUAGAACAAUAAAUCAAUCCCUGAUUUGUGGCA